UAUAUAUUAUGUACAAUCCCUUAUAGUUAGGUUAAAUCUCAACCACAACUGAGGAAACCUCAGUCAAUUGUUCUUGUUCAACUGUUCUCUUCUUCUUUCACCUUCACAUAGAUUUGGAAGUGAUGGAAUCCUCGCUCCCUAAUGGCGUCCAUGCAUCUAUUUCUGCACUGCUGGACGUCCUCGAGCAGAAACACGGUCCGACUCUGGUGCGUCGCUGCCUGUCCUACCUCACCCUCUCCAGGACUGGGCUCACGGAGGCCGAGCUCACUGACCUGUUGUCCAGUGACGACGAGGUGUUGAUGACGCAGUACACGCUGAGAGGUCAAGCGCACUCAUGCAGGUUGAGGGUACCUCACGUGGAUGUGGAGAGACUCCUGCUGGACCUGAGGAUGUUCCUCGGAAGGAGGACUGUGGCUGCUGGGGCACCCCUGUUGUUUUGGGUGUGCAGGCAUUUCGGCCUGGUGGUGACUAAGAAGUAUCUAGGUUGUCACGAGUUGAGGGAGCAGCUUCAUUCAUUGAUGGCAGACUAUUUCAAUGGCCGAUGGGCGUAUGGAAAUGCAAAACCCCUCAUUAUUAUGAGGGAGUCAGAGCCAUCAGGAACAACAGAGUUUGGGUCAAGCAAAACUAAUACGGCUUCUGAAACGGCCGAAAUGGCCGUGUACAUAGACAGGCAGCCACCAUGUCAGCCCUUUGUCUUCAGGUCUUCCGAUGCUUUGUCCUCUGCUUGCAAAGAGGGAAGUCUAGUGAACCUGAGGAGGAUCAUAGAGCUGCCCCACCACCUGCAAGAAAGCAAAAGGUGGGAAGAGUUGGAGCGUAAGUUAUUACUGUCUCUUGGCUUUCAGCAGGCCAUGGUUCUAGCAGGUCUUUUGGGGGAUCUGGUAGACAUGUUGAUGGGAGAGAAAAGGUCACAAGUGGUUACUUUGCCCAGGGAACGAGCCCUCUUAGCCAGCAUGCUGAAAUCAACUGCAUGCAUCCUUCAAAGCUCUCCCGAGGAGCUCCCAAUGUUGAUGGAGUGCAGACUUCUUCCUUUUGUCGGAAUCUACCAAGAACUUGAAGUCUACAUUCAGGAGAUUGAACAGGAGAGGAGAAGAAGAGGAAGCGGCAUAAGUGUUGUUCUUUGCCCUGCUUCUUCCAUACUUCCCUCAAUUCAGUGUUCCUUGAGUGAGGGGAUACAAGGGCAAGGCUGUAUCAAAGAAGUCGCUUUGACAGCCUGCAAUGUUGUAGUUGGGGUCAUGGAAAGUGGUAUUGCUUGGAUGUGGAGAAGCCCAUGGAGGGAGGUAGAGGAACUGUCCUUGAGCAACAAACAACUCAAAGUGGAGUUUUCUCGAGUGAUGAGCACUGGUAGAAGAAUUUUGCUUUCCACAUACUGCAACAUGCUUUUCUUAUUGGCUGUCACCAGUCCAGAGAUGUUUGUAGAAGUUGAGGGCCCACUGGAAACUGAGGAGUUCCAGGGUGAGACAAAUCAGCACAUGGUCGAGGGAUGUGUGGAGACGGAGGAGCAUCUGUGUGUGUGGUGGAAGGACAAACGUUUUGUGAGUGUGUUUCGUGGCGCGAAUGGCAAACCUCAGAAUUUUCAGUGUCAGAACCCUGUGACCUGUUUGGUUUGUUCCGAUGAUGGUCGUUUCAUGUAUUGUGGGCAGGAGACAGGGGCAGUGGCUAUAUUUGACAUUUACAACACCAAUCCUGUUUGUGAAUGUUCAAACCCAAAUCAGAAUGCUAUUCUGUCAAUAAUCCUCUGUGAAGAACAGUGUGAUAUGGCGUGUGUUGACAUUACCGGAAAUAUAAUGCUUUGGAAUGUGGAUGGAAGACCAACCCAACCUGCUUUUCAACUUGAGUGUUUUAGUGAUAAAGGUGGGAACAGCGUUCUCAAUGUGGAUUACUCGUAUGAACUAGCCACCUUAUUGGUUUGCAAAGCUCAACAGAUUACACUGUGGAACACAUGUGAAUGGGUAAUGUUGGGCCAGUUUAUGACUCCACAGGGAAAGGCUUUCCUCCAUGCAUUGCUAGCCCAGGAAGGUCAUCUCUUUCUGGCUUUGCUACAAUCCUGUUCCCUUGUCCUGGUGUGGAACAUAAGCAGUGGGGAAUGUGUUCUUUCCCUUGACACAUGCAGCAGCACGUCUGUUCCUAGACUUCUCAAAACAGCCUCAGGUUUUAUUACUAUCACUCCUCGUGGUUGUCUCUCAAUGUGGGAAGUUAUAAAUGCAGCUGGUAUGUCCCCAAAAAUGUCACAUGGGGUUAGCCAGGUGGUGGCCGACGAGGUUGGGGAGAAGUUUUACACAGCAGACGGCUCUAUAGCAGUAUGGGGUUGGAGCUUGCGGACAGGAGAUCCGGAAGUGAACUUCAUUCAUGAGGGGCCUGUGGAAAAACUCAUGCUCUCUCCAGACAACAGCCAUCUUGUGUCAGUUUCAGGUGGAGACAUCUACGUUUGGCAACUGGACACGCGUCAGAACAUCUUCCGUAUCAGAGGCAGCAGUGCAACAGACAUUCUCAUCACCCCAAACAGUAAAUUUGCGGUGAGUCUCUGCGAGAGAGGCCUAUCGCCAGUUUGGAACCUGCAAAACGGUGGUGUUGUGUGCCACAUACAACUUUACCUAGACGCAGCCAAGGUGUCACCUGAGAGCACCUUCCUGAUUGGCCUUCACCAAGGAGACCUGCUGGCCACAAACCUUUGGUCUGGCACUGUCAGCAGGCGCUUCUCCCAUGCAGCGCACUCUGAGCAUGUUGUGGCGUUCCACAUGCUUCCACAACAGCCAGACUUUGUGCUGGUGAUGGGUUCCAGUGGAGUCGUGUAUACCUGGAAGGUACCUGAGGACACAAUGUUGCAGCAGUUUCAACUCCCUCGCUCAUUCAGCAUUCAGCCACAUGUCGUCCAGACAUCCUCCGCUGGAAGCUUCAUGCUCCUUUCCACAAACAAAGACGGCAUGGCGUACUUGGACCUCUCCACACACCAAACCUGCUCUGUGAAGGUUGAAGGUGCUGCUUUUGCAGUGUGUCUGGACAAAGCAGGGCGCUACGCUGUAUGCCUAUCCCAGCCCUCUGCCCUGACCGCACAGUGUUCCUGUGAUGUGCAUCCAGAGUCCGUGCUGACGGUAAUACGACUUGCCGAUGGGGGGAAAGUGGGGAUGUUGCGUAUGUGCAAGACGCCAUUGACCGUGGCUGUGUGUGAGCAGCUGUAUGUAUAUGUGGGGUUUCAUGAUGGCUCUGUGGCUGUGUAUUCCAUCUUGGAUCUCAUAAAUAAACAGGAAUGUUCUGUUAGGGGCAGGGACAAUUUGAUUGGCUUGAAAAAACAUUGCUUCUGCGGCACAGUCCGUAUGAGAUUGUCACCUUUAGCAUUCCCUAAUAUUACAUGGCCAUAAAGACCUAUCCCCCCCGAACAAAAUGAAAAGAUGAAAUAAUGUAUUGAUCUUACACUGUUUUUGUGUUUGAUUUAAACCCCUCGAAAAUGAUCUAAAUGUCUUUUCUUUCUUAUGGGACUUUGUGUACUCUUGUUCAUGACUUUUUCUUUGUAAUGGCUAACUGCUACUUUAGCUCAUCUAUCUAUCUAUGAACAAAUGCAAUUUUGGGUUUUAAUUUUAUCACAGAAAAUAAAACACUAAGAUUGUGAUCUGUACUCACAUAAAUAACAGUAAUAUAUGUACAAUUAUUCACACACACACACACACACACACACACACACACACACACACACACACACACACACACACACACACACACACACACACACACACACACACACACAAAGUUUUUCUUUAAGACUACUUGCUGAACCACAAUGUUUUUUUCUUGGUCAAAUUGAGGCAAUAUUAGAAUAUAGGGUUAGGGUUAUACAUAUAUAAUAUAAUAUUAAGGCAAUAUUGAGCUUAAGAGUCGCUCCAGGGUAAAAAAAAUGAAUGUUUAAACAAUGUAAUGAUAUAUAAUUUUACCCAUUAUAGACAUUAUACUCACACAAUGACUUUAUGUUUGAAAAACAACCGCACCACCAAGACACAGUCAGAUUUUAUAGACAGUCAGAUUUUAUAUAUUUUUUUUGUUAUAUCUGCCAGCGAAUCACAUGCAUAUUGGGGAGUUUAGCUUUAGUUUAGUUUAAAACAAAAUGUUGUAGCCUCUUACACAAAUUCAUAAAAACUCUCAUAUAGUUUUGUUUUUGUCAACUUUAGUAAACUUAAGACCUCAUUAAUUAAAUUUAUCCGGCUACAGUUCUAUAUUCAGCAGUGGUCAGCUUGUUAAACUGUGAGGGAUAUAUGGUGGCUUAUAGUCACGCUGGCUGAAAGCAGUGGCGUCACUAGGCUGUUUUUGUCGGGUCUUAUGCCCCGGAUACAGAGGUGGGUAGGAACGCGCUACAUUUACUCCGUUACAAAUACUUGAGUAACUUUUUGGAUAAAUUGUAAUUUUAGGAGUAGUUUUAUUGCAACCUACUUUUACUUUUACUUGAGUAAAUAUUUGAAGAAAGAACGGUACUUUUACGCCGUUCCAUUUGGCUACGUGACGGUCGUUACUUUUUGUUUAAAUCUUUUCUUUUAUUACAUGAGAGAUCUAUUUUUAUCACGUGAAUAUUCCUUAGCCCAAGUGAAGGAGUUCAAGUACCACGGGGUCUUGUUCGCGAGUGAGGGUACUAUGGAGCGUGAGAUUGGCCGGAGAAUCGGAGCAGCGGGGGCGGUAUUGCGUUCGCUUUACCGCACCGUUGUUACGAAAAGAGAGCUCAGUCGCAAGGCAAAGCUCUCGAUCUACCGGUCGAUCUUCGUUCCUAUCCUCACCUAUGGUCAUGAGGGUUGGGUGAUGACCGAAAGGACGAGAUCGCGGGUACAAGCGGCCGAGAGGCAAUUGAAUAACGCCUGCACACAGGCACGCACGCACACGCAGAGUGGUAAUCGGGAGAGUUGGGAGAAUUCCCUGUGGCCCGUUAACGUUUCGGGGGGCGCCGGGUCAACGUCGCAACCAAUUCGCUUUUGUCUAGAGGGGAGUAACUGAGCGCCCCCUCCCGAAGUGGCACAGCCCAGGUCGGCCUUGAACUGCGAUUGGUCAGAAAGACGUAACAGCUAAUGACAACAUUGAACUCUCAUGCAGGCUCGAACAGAGUGACACACACACACACACACACACACACACACACACACACACACACACACACACACACACACACACACACACACACACACACACACACACUUUAUUUUUAAAACUCUUAUUUAUUUUAUUUAAAAGGAUGUUAUUUACAUUAUCUUUAUUUGAACAUUGCUGUUUUAUAUUUUGUUGGUGUCUAUUUUGUACCGUUUGUGUUGCUCUGUUUAUUUAAAAAAUAAAUCGGAGAAACUCAGUACUUGUACUCUUGAGUACUUGAGUAGUCUUUUCACUGCAUACUUUUUUACUCUUACUUGAGUAAUUAUUUUUACGAGUACUUUUACUUCUACUUGAGUAAUUAUAAUCUUAAAGUAACAGUACUUUUACUUGAGUACAUUUUUUAGCUACUCUGCCCACCACUGCCCGGAUAUUAUUUAAUUAGCCCCGGAUAAAAAAUUGGGGUAAAUUUUUUUUAUAAUAAUAAAAAAAUAUAUAUAUAAAUAUUUAUUGGUAUAUUUACUGGUAACUAUGGAAUGUGUUAAUUCAAUUCAGUCUAGAAGUAAUGAAAUUAUGGUCUGUCUCACUUGUAUUUAUUCUACUCAGAAAUAACUUGAAUGGAACUUUAGAUGUUUGGGGAUAAGCAGCACAGCAGCCAGGUAGCUAUUUAAAACUAUAAUAAUUGCAUAUUUUCGUUUAUUUAGGUUAAGCAUUAUGAAACAUUUUGCAUGCACAAUAAAGCAUACCAUUUUUUUUUGGCAUUUUAAUUUUCCCGUUGGGCUUAGCCCCGGAUGUUCAUGAAACCUAGAAAUGCCCCUGGCUGAAAGCAACAAUUCAUUAUCAUUGUAAAUUUGUUCGGUUUUCUUUAAAAUAAAGCAUUAUUAUA